AUGCCAGCUGGGACGCUGACAGGGUUUGGUCCGGAGGGGGUUGGGGUCUGCGGUUCAGUCGGCGUCUUGAACCGUUCUCCUGCUGCUGCGCCUGGUCCUCCCCCGCUUCCGCGAGAGUUGAGUCGGGUUGGCGCGGAUUCCCCCUCGCCGCUUGGCCUGCACUCCGCUGUCCUCCGCGCGCUCCUCGACGCCCGCCUCUCCCCCGCGUGCUUCCCCGUCCGCUCCUCGGAGUGGCUGCCACAGGUGCCGCCUGUUGCGCCUGGGAGAUCGGCGUCGUCGGCUCCUCUUGUGGCAGUGGAGCGCCCUGAGCGCUCGCCGAUGGAUUUCCUCGGCGCUAUGGGCCGCGACUGCACCGCGGAGAGCGAUCCCGCUCCCCGUCCGCUUCCUCCCGCACGCCCUGCCGCGAGCGUACCUGUUGCUCCCCCGGCGUCCGCUGAUCAGAUCCGCCGCCGCUUCGAGGACCAGCAGCGCGAGCUGGCUCGGCGCGCGGGCAGGUCCGUGUCACCGCCGGAGCCCAUGCGCGCGGGGUCCGUCCUGCGCUCCGGCGCAGAGGCUGUGGCGCACCAGGAGUGUUCGCCCCGUCGUCGCUCAUCGGCAGCUCGCGACAAUAAGCGGGAGAGCCGCCGCGAUGAUCGUCACGAGCGGCCGCUGCCUGCGGGGAUGGGCUUCGUGGGUGCUGGUGGCGGGCCGCCAUGGGCUCAGUUUGCUCCGCCGCAUCCUCUUCCUGCUCCGCGUGAUCUGCGCGUGUCGACUCACCGUGCUCGCGCGUCUGCGUUGCUUCCGCCGAUGAAGGAAGUUCCCACGGCGACCCUGGCCCGUUUAUGGUCGCUGGCGGCGUCCCUGCAGAGUCUUGAGCGGAUUCUCCAGGAGUCAUUUGACUCCAUGCCGCUGCGGCUGUGGCAGCAGACGGAGUACACCAAGCUGCUCUUCAUUGACUCGGACCUGCUCCUGUUGGCCAACGUUGACUUUCUCUUCUCCUACCCCGAGAUCUCCGCCCGCGGAAACGACGGCUCAGAUUUUAACUCAGGCGUGAUGGUCCUGGAGCCGUCGGAUUGCACGUUCGAGCUGCUGAUGGAAAAUAUUGGGAGAGUGCGAUCGGCCAACGGAGGGGACCAGGUGAGACCACUGCUGUAG